AUGUCCUCGCCGUCGUCCUCGGCCGGGAAGCGGAAACGCAGGGCUUCCCACCUCCACGUCCCCGACGUCCCCAACCCGUCCCCGGACCUGCUCCAGGCGUCCUCGCGCGACGCAUCCGGCGAAGAAGGCGACGACUCUGGCUUUGUGAAGCCCAAAAAGCCCUCUGACGCGUCCACCCACCCGCCCUCCAAACGCCCUCGCACCAGAGCCACAACAGCUUCGGCCGCCGGCCAGCACCGCGACGAUGCCGGCUCAAUUGAUACCCGGGACCCCGGCGAGCCGUCGGAGACCACAGAGGAGAGUGCUGAUAAUGAGCGUCGCGUGAGGCGUCGAUCCAGCGCGUCCCGGCACUCGUCGGCGAAUUCUCGGGAUGAGCGAAUGAGUCUGCCUGCCAAAGAUGGUCUGCUGCAUCCAGCUGGAUAUCGCACGAACCCUCCUCCGGAGGGCCGUCCGGUGCGAGUGUACGCCGAUGGGGUGUUUGAUUUGUUUCAUCUUGGCCAUAUGCGACAGCUUGAGCAGGCCAAGAAGGCUUUUCCUGAUACGUAUCUCAUCGUUGGUGUGACUGGUGAUAAUGAGACGCAUAAGCGAAAGGGCUUAACGGUUUUGAACGAGGCUGAGAGGGCUGAAACGGUUCGUCAUUGUAAAUGGGUGGAUGAAGUCAUACCAGACUGCCCCUGGAUUGUGAGUCCGGAGUUUUUGGAUGAGCAUCAGAUCGACUAUGUCGCCCACGACGAUAUUCCCUACGGUGCGGAUGAAGGUGACGAUAUCUAUGCUCCGGUGAAGCGGGCCGGAAAGUUCUUGGUCACUCAACGGACUGAGGGCGUCAGUACUACAGGAAUCAUCACAAAGAUUGUGCGAGACUACGAAAAAUAUAUUGCUCGGCAGCUCAAACGUGGCACUUCAAGACAAGAACUCAACGUUUCUUGGCUGAAAAAGAACGAGCUUGAAAUAAAAAGACAUGUCUCGGAGCUCCGUGACACCAUCAGAAACAGCUGGUCUUCCACCGGCCAGGAAUUAGGCAAAGAACUUCGCCUCCUCUGGCAGACCAGCCGCGCUCAUAGCCCUGCACGUCGGAGCUUUGACUUCUCCCAGAACGGCUCUCCAGGAAACAACAUCUUUGGAUUUGGAGGCAGCAGGGUUAGUCUCAAUACAAACCAGUCAGAUAAUCCUGGACUAGGCAGAAGCGAGGAUUUUGCCACGGGAUAUAGUUUGGGAUUGAUUGGCGGAGUUCGUUCAUGGAUGAUGCGCAGCCGCACUUCGCUCCGUGACACUUUGAGCCAUCCUACAUCCCCGUCUGCCAGUGAUGAAGACCGUCCCGUCAUAGACGAGUCCACCGCUAAUCCGCCCAGUACUGCGAAGGCUACGGCAACCUAG